AAAAGUCUCUCUUUCUCUCUCAUUGGGUUUCUUGCAUCUGGAAGGAAAAGACUUUUUUUUUCCAACUGACCAAACAGAAGAGGAACUCCUUUUCGGUGUCGCCACCCAUUACGACUUCUUCCACAUUUCUUGCGAAAGCCGGCUCCUUUCCCUCUUCCUCUCUUUCUAGAUUCUCUCUCUUAAGUCUUUGUGUCUCUGUCUCUCUCUAAAUGCAAUGCAUUUGUUUGACCUUUCCCAAUUCGACCUCGACGACACGCUUAUUCAACCAACCAACAUUUUAGUAUUAGAAAAAAAGAAAUAAAUGAAAUGCAUUCCCACCACCAUCCCAUCUUUUGUAUAAGCUUUCUCUAUCUCUAUCUCUCUGUCUCUACCUCUAAGAUGCCUUGGUAUACAAGCGAGUAAGUUCUAGCAGAAAACUCAGCUCAGCACUAGAAGAAGAAGAAGAAUAGGUUCUGAUUCUUUCUCCAAAAUAACAUCUUUGUUUCGGCUUUCGACAUCUUUUAGCUGAGUGGUGAAUUGGAUUUUUAUUAUUAUUAUUUUUCUACUUUUGGGUUCUUGGGCACAGUUUGUUUAUGCUUUUUUGAUUAGUUGUUGUUCGAGAAUUUCCUGUUGGUAAAUUUUUCUUUUUUGAUUGGAUUCAGAAUCUGGGUUUUACAUGAAUUUGUCCAUUGAAGACUUUUUGCUGCUCCAGAGACCAUUGAUCUUCAGAUCAUGGCCUCAAAGCGGCCCCUUUUGAUCCCAUCUCCAAGAACUCCUAACACCCAAAACCUCCCCACCACCAUACCUGUCUUUUCUGAUUUGACAAAACCAAAUAACUCUAGUGGAUCCGGAUCGAAUCCUGGGAUGGAAUCCAGAAACCCAGUUGAGAAUUCCAUUGAAUCUUUUCACACAUCCUCUCAGAGAAGCAUUUCUUCGAAUCGUUCCAAAUAUUCCAAUGCCAAUUCAAUUCGGGAAGUGGGUCUUGAUGAUCUGGGUUCAAAGCCCGUGCGGUAUGGUUCCAGGGCGGACUCGGAAGCUUUUAGCAUGUCCCAGAAGGAGAUCAAUGAGGAGGAUGCGAGGUUGAUAUAUAUAGAUGAUCCUGAGAAGACAAAUGAGAGGUUUGUGUUUGCUAGGAAUACCGUAAGAACGGCAAAGUACUCUAUCUUCACGUUUUUGCCUAGGAAUUUGUUUGAGCAAUUUCAUAGGGUUGCAUAUAUAUAUUUCCUUGUAAUAGCUAUUCUCAAUCAGCUUCCUCAGCUGGCGGUUUUCGGCCGGGGAGUCUCUAUUUUGCCUUUAGCUUUUGUCCUUCUAGUUACUGCAGUUAAGGAUGCCUUUGAGGAUUAUAGGCGGCAUCGGUCCGACCGCAUUGAGAACAAUAGAUUGGCUUCGGUCUUGGUGAAUAAUCAGUUCCAACCCAAAAGAUGGAAGGAUAUCCAAGUUGGUGAAAUCAUCAAGAUUCAAGCUAGUGAAACUAUUCCUUGUGAUAUAGUACUGCUCUCAACUAGUGAUCCAACUGGCGUUGCAUACGUGCAGACUAUCAAUUUGGAUGGGGAAUCGAAUUUGAAGACCCGGUAUGCGAAACAAGAAACCCUCUCAAUGGUGCCAGAAAAGGACAAGAUUGGUGGGUUGAUUAGGUGUGAGAAACCCAACAGGAAUAUUUAUGGUUUCCAGGCUUAUAUGGAAAUUGACGGGAAAAGGCUGUCGCUAGGACCCUCCAAUAUUGUUCUCCGAGGAUGUGAGCUCAAGAAUACUACUUGGGCCUUUGGGGUUGCAGUGUAUGCUGGCCGCGAGACGAAAGCUAUGCUCAACAGUUCUGGAGCCCCAUCUAAAAGGAGCCGGCUUGAGACCCGUAUGAACAAAGAGAUCAUCCUGCUCUCGUUUUUUCUUACUGCUUUGUGUACGGUAGUCUCUGUUUGUGCUGCUGUUUGGUUGAGGCAACACAGACAUGAGUUGAAUGACUUGCCUUUUUACAGGAAAAAAGACUACUCUGAAGAGAAACCGGAAGAUUAUAACUAUUAUGGAUGGGUAAUGGAGAUUUUGUUCACUUUUCUCAUGUCCAUUAUUGUGUUCCAGAUCAUGAUCCCCAUUUCUUUGUACAUAUCUAUGGAGCUUGUCCGGGUUGGUCAGGCAUAUUUCAUGAUAAAUGAUACCCAAUUGUACGAUGAGGCCUCAAAUUCAAGAUUUCAGUGCAGAGCUUUAAAUAUAAAUGAAGAUUUAGGACAGAUAAAAUAUGUAUUCUCGGACAAAACUGGUACACUGACAGAGAACAAGAUGGAAUUUCGGUGUGCAAGUAUUUGGGGAGUAGAUUACAGUGGUGGGAAAGACAAUGCAGAAAAGGAUCAAGUGGGAUACUCAGUGCAAGUUGAUGGUAAUAUUUUGAGGCCAAAGAUGGAGGUGAAAGCUCAAAAAGAUCUUCUAUGGCUAGCAAAAAGCGGAAAGAAAACAACUGGAAGCAAACACAUUCAUGAUUUCUUUCUGGCCCUGGCUGCUUGCAAUACAAUUGUGCCUCUUAUUGUGGACACAUCUGACCCUACUGUGAAGUUAAUAGAUUACCAAGGGGAGUCUCCUGAUGAACAAGCACUGGUUUAUGCUGCCGCUGCCUAUGGCUUUAUGCUUAUUGAACGAACCUCCGGCCAUAUAGUUAUUGAUAUUCAAGGAGAAAGGCAAAGGUUCAAUGUCCUGGGUUUGCAUGAAUUUGAUAGUGACCGGAAGAGAAUGUCAGUUAUACUAGGGUGCCCAGACAAGACAGUAAAAGUCUUUGUAAAGGGUGCUGACACUACAAUGUUUAGCGUCUUAGAUAAAUCUUCAAACUUAGAUGUAGUACGUGCAACUGAAGCUCACCUACAUGCUUACUCCUCUCUGGGUUUAAGAACACUUGUUGUUGGGAUGAGGGAACUGAGUCCUCCAGAAUUUGAGCAGUGGCACGAGUCGUUUGAGGCAGCUAGUACAGCUCUAAUGGGUCGGGCUGCUCUACUUCGUAAGGUUGCUAACAAUGUGGAAAACAGUCUCAGCAUACUAGGUGCCUCUGGCAUUGAAGAUAAACUGCAACAAGGGGUUCCAGAAGCCAUAGAGUCUCUAAGAACCGCUGGAAUUAAAGUUUGGGUUUUGACAGGGGACAAGCAAGAAACUGCCAUUUCAAUUGGUUACUCAUCAAAGCUCCUCACGAGCAAGAUGACCCAGAUUAUAAUUAACAGUAACUCCAAGGAGUCGUGUAGAAGGAGUUUAGAUGAUGCCAUAGUCAUGGCAAAGAAGCUCGUGACUGUCUCUGGGGUUGAAAACAAUACUGAAGGAAGCUCUGGAGCUGCUGCAACUCCUGUAGCCUUGAUUAUUGAUGGUACCAGCCUUGUUUAUGUUCUUGACAGUGAACUUGAAGAGCAGCUCUUUGAAUUAGCAAGUAAAUGUUCUGUGGUGCUUUGUUGUCGAGUGGCUCCAUUACAAAAAGCUGGAAUUGUUGCCCUUGUGAAGAAGAGAACUUCUGACAUGACACUGGCAAUUGGGGAUGGUGCUAACGAUGUUUCGAUGAUCCAAAUGGCUGAUGUUGGUGUUGGCAUCAGUGGCCAAGAGGGUCGGCAAGCAGUCAUGGCAUCAGAUUUUGCAAUGGGGCAGUUUAGGUUCUUGGUUCCCCUUUUACUGGUCCAUGGGCAUUGGAAUUACCAGCGGAUGGGAUACAUGAUUUUAUACAAUUUUUACAGGAAUGCAGUAUUUGUCCUUGUUUUAUUUUGGUAUGUGCUAUUUACAGCUUUCACUUUGACAACAGCAAUCACCGACUGGAGUAGCAUGUUGUAUUCCAUAAUUUAUACUUCUGUGCCUACUAUUGUUGUUGGAGUUCUCGAUAAGGAUCUAGGUAGAAGAACACUUCUAAAGUAUCCUCAACUUUAUGGUGCUGGGCACAGACAAGAAUGCUACAACUCAAAUUUGUUUUGGCUAACAAUGGUUGACACAUUGUGGCAAAGUAUAGUUGUCUUCUUUGUCCCUCUUAUUGCAUAUUGGGCGACCACCAUUGAUGUAUCUAGUAUAGGAGAUCUUUGGACUCUUGCAGUGGUUAUUCUGGUUAAUUUACAUUUAGCCAUGGAUGUUGUUCGGUGGAAUUGGAUUACUCAUGCAGCCAUUUGGGGAUCUAUAGCAGCAACUUGGCUCUGUGUUCUUAUCAUUGACGCUGUACCAUCACUAGUUGGUUACUGGGCCUUCUUUGAUAUCGCAAGCACCAGAUUGUUUUGGUUAUGUUUGCUUGCGAUCAUUAUAGCAGCGAUCCUUCCUCGUUUUGUUGUAAAGUUUCUUUAUCAGAGCUAUAGUCCAUGUGAUGUUCAGAUUGCCAGGGAAUUUGAGAAGUUUGGCAAUCCAAGAGAGUCUGCAAAUGUACAAAUAGAAAUGAAUCCGAUAUUGGACCACCCACGGAGGUGACGAGUUGAUUUUGUUCCUUCUUCAACAUCUCCUUUCUUAUUCUUCUGUAAUGUUUAUAUUCUUUAGGCUGCUUCAAAGCGUCUUCUCUUGGUUGCCAGAUUGUUAUUUGUUUGCUAUCCAAAGGAUAGAGUCUGUAAUACUAGGCUUUUAUUUAUUUAUUUUUCAACUUUUUGUUGUAUCUCUGCGGAAUUGUUCAUUGGUUGUAAAUUAGCAUCGUGUACAAUAUUACGAAGAGUUAGACGCAUUAUAAAUUUUACCACAAAAAGAUCAGUUUCAAUGUGAAAUUUUUGGUUGCCUAUGAUAGAAAA